AUGAAUAUGCAGACUGCCUUUCUAUUGAUCUGUUUAUUCAAAACAAGCUUUGCACUUCCAUUGCAGAUUGGUAUUAUUGCAAGCAACAGCAAUGAGAUCCUAAGACUGAAUGGACUAACUCUUGCAACUCUUGGACAAACACAGGCGUCUUCAAUGUUUCCUCAGUAUGUACUGCAGCAGCAGCAGCCUGAUGUGCUGUUCUCUCCACCGGUGGUGAACUUGAACCCUCAAGUGGCCGGUCCCUUCGGUCCCCAGGGGCCCCAGAUGUUUCUCCCCAACCAGGGCAACCAUUUUACGCCCAUGUUCAUCCCCAACGGCCAGCAAGAGCAACUUGGACCACAACUUGGACCACAACAGGACCCCAAUGCUCCUGAUGUUCCUCAGCAGGCCCAAAACCCCUUUCAGAUGUUUCCAAAUUUCCAGUACCCAUCCUAUGCAUUUCCUCAGCUUCCUAGACAGCAGGGCUUUCCUUACUUUGUGCCUGCUUACGGCUAUCCCCAGCAGAGGAACACUGCGGUGGUGCGGCCCAACAACGGUCAGCAACAGCUGGAGAGAACCACACAGAGACCACAGCUCCCUCUUCAGCAGGCUUCUCAACCUAAGGUGCAAACAGAGCGAAAAGAGUAUCCUACAAUUCCUCCUGAUCCUCGUGGCGAUGCAACUGGCCCAGGGGUUGAUGAGGGUCAGUCCAACUUCCCCUUCCUGUUUGAGCCUUAG